CUCUCGUACAAGUCGCAACGUUUGAAACGGACGCGUCGUCGUGCUGAAUAAUUCUAUAAAUGCAAGUUUUAUGACGCUAUAUUGUUGAUAAAUAAAAUUGCUGUGAGAAGAAAACGAAUUCCCUUCACUUAAAAAACUCUUGAAAACUGCCCAAAUCCAAAGUGCACAGAGCAAAAACAAACAAGCAAAUAAAUAAACUAACCAACAACAAAAACAACAAUAGCAUAAUCAGCGAAAAACGAGUUUCCCGAGAACAGCAGUUCCUACGAUUUUUCCAAUUGGGAAGGCAAAAGUAAACCAACUAGCCGUUAGUGCGACGUUGUAACCUAUAUUCAUAUUCAAAAUAGAUCGGCGACGCGACUUGCAACGGCAACUGUCAAAAUGCAGAGAAUCCAACCAACGAGAGCAUCGGCCAUGUAAUGUAUCACAUGAGAACUUGGCCAAAAGCGAAACAAGUUUCCAUUUGCGCGCAUAUGCUAAAUAAUAAUAAAUAAGCGAACAGAAACGACACGCCAAGUAAUAAUAACAACAACAACAACAGCAGCAGCAGCAACAACAACAACAAGACAAAAAGUGACCUACAAAUACUGGUUUUACUCUCCAACAACGUCUGGGGCCAACAACGAGUUGGGCCAGUCUAAAACGCCAGUGAAGCGUAGCCACCACCGAACCAAAAUCGAGUGUGUUGGAAUAUCGCGUGAGAACGUACGAAAUGGCCACAGCAUCCGCACCAACACAGUCCCAGACUAUGGUUAAGCGUCCCGGGCCGCCUGUACCGCCCCGGCCACUACAGGCUGGUCUCUUGCGUGCCCAGCGAGAAUCCUCCAUGCAAGCAAAUAAAACUAUAGCAACACCUAAAUCUGCAACAGCAACAGCAAGCACACCACCACCCAUCAUACAAAAGAAGCCCACAUUUGUGAGCCAACUGAGCGCAGUGGGACGCACACUGGUCUAUAAAUCGCCUUCGCUAAAUCUCCAAAAGAAACAGGCCCAAACCCAGACGCCCACCACAGCUUUGGGCACGGCGCCAAAGCCACCAUUGAAGCUGCGUAAAGCACCGGAUGUGCCCACGGCCAAGCCCAGAGCGGAUGCAGUGCAGCAAGAGCAACAGCCGUCCAGUGGUCUAGUUGUCACCGUUAAUCGUCACAAUUCGCUAAGCGCUGCAAGCAGCUCAAAUGCCACGCCCCUCAAGGACACACGUCUCAGUCUGGGCAAAGUGGAUUUUGAACGUGCCGGCUUACAGGUCGCCACACAACCGCUGCCCAGGCCACGCAAGAUUGUCCAAAUGCCAGUGGCCACGCUGGAUGUGGAGGAUAUGGAUAUGCCGGCUUUUCAAGCGCCUCCAGCCACACCCGCCACAAGCAUCUUUCGACGCUCCAAGACGACCUUGGAUAGCUUUGGCAAAGGCGACAGCAAUACGUCCACUAUAUCGUUGAGCAAUGGUUCCGGCAACUCCAGCUUUCUCAGUGGUAAAACGGUGGAGAUUAAGAAUAAUCUGAAGAAUGCCGCUGAGCGCCUCUUCUCCGAAAUCAUCAUCAGUCAGGGCCAAAAGCAUUCAACAAAUCUCGAUCCGACCAUUAUCACAAAGCAUGAGCGUGCAAUACAGCAUCAGGCGUUGUUGGAGCAGGAGUUGGCGCAGGAGCGACACAAGAGGCAACAGCAACAGCAACAACAGCAGCAGCAUCAGCAACAAAAGCAACAACAACAACAACAACAAAGCCAGCAGGUAACCAUCGUCACAAGUCAUGCGGCCGGAAACCGCACGCGCAUCAACAUCAAUGGAGGUGACAACCAAACCCAUAACAACAGCAGCAUUCAUCCAGUUGCCAACAACAACAGCAGCACCAUGAAGACUUCCAUAAGUGCCGAUAACUCGCCCGAGAAGAAGAAGCACGCCUUCCAUGAAUUGCUCAUUUCUGAACUGGCAGCGAUGCGCAAUCGUUCCUGCUCCUUGGAGCAUUUGUCCACAAAGCAGCCGCCAGGCGUGGCCAAGCCAAAGGCACCCACUAGCAAUGCCAAUGGAGCCGCUACCAUAAUAUCUACAACAGCUGCUACAACGCCCACUAAAGCUCAGGCACGCAAACGCUAUUACUCCAUCGAUGAUCACUAUGAAGAUGACGACGAUGAGGACCAAGAUACUGAGGAUGUGGAUGCGGACAAUGUCGAAGAUGCGGAUGGCGAUGAAGAGGAUACACUUACAUAUGCGGUCAAUAAAUCCUUAAAGAGCAACCACAAUGAGAGUAGCUCACCACGCAAACGUUGCCCCUCCGGCUGCUCCUCGGACUCAUCGCCUUAUGGCACGGAACGUUCGCAGCGCAUACGCACCUCCGAUUGGAUUGAGGUGGGUGACAAUGGCAAACAAGUAACUCUCACUAGCUGUCACAUAAGCCUCGAAGAUUCGGGCCUCGAGGAUGAGGAACGCUUGGAUGAUAUGUCAUCGUCGGGUGUGGGCGAUAGCUGGGACAGCGUCAAGGAGGCGGAGAAUGAGAAACGCUGCCGCAAUGUAAAACGCGUUAUGUCCAUCAGCGGCCUGCCUCCAUUGCCCAAAAGUCUCAGCGGUUUUAAUAAAUUGCUUGGCUCCGAUUCUGGCCUCUUGAGCGAUGUGGAUGCACAGCUUGAACAUAACAAUAACAGCAACAACAAUAAGGAGAACGACAGCAGUAGCGGCAACAAACUAGCAAUCCAAAAAGAUAGUGAUAACAACAACAGCAACAAUCAGCAGCUCCCCGCUAAAGAUAGCGACGAUAAUGUAAACGAUAAAUCAGCGGCUCUGGCGUUAAAAGCAACAGCGUCCAAUGCAAAUGAAAGCGAAAACACAACAUCGGCAGUAGCACCGACAACAGCAAUAGCAACAGCAACAAUAACAGCAGCAAACACAACAACAACAGGAGCGACAACAACAUCAGCUAACAGCUCACCUGUAAAAGCUGCAACAACAGCAGCAACAUCGCCAGCGCCUCUUGCCACCAACGGCAGCACCUUGGAUGCGCAGCUAGCGACGCUGAGAAAGGAAAUGUACGGCCUGCGUCAAUUGGAUCUCUCAUUGCUGUCACAAUUGUGGGCGCUAAAUGAUUCGAUACAGGAAUUUCGAACAAUGAUUGAGGAGCAGGAAAUGGAUGAGGACGAUGAUGAUGUGGACGAUGAAGACGAUGUUGAUGAGCAGGGCAAUAGAAGACAUCAUUCGCCAACGCCCUCAUCCUACGACUCUGUGUCCUCCGAUGGCGGAGGCGCUGAGACGGCGGAGACGGCAGAGCCGGUCAAGCGUCUGGGCACCAUACCAAAAGUAAUAACGACACAACCAAAACUGUCCAACGAAACGAUUCCAAAACAGCAACAGCCACCACCACCACCACAGCAGCAGCAGCAGCACCAACGCCAACCAGUUGCGGUCAAGCCACAGCAACAGCAGCCUCUGGUGUCGGAGGUCAAGCCCGUGCCACGCAUGCGCAGCGCGCCACCGCCACCACCUUCGGCAAUUGCUACCGGUGUUAUAAGUACGGCACGCAAACCGACGGCACCGCCACGACCCACAUGAUGUUACCUAACGGACUUCCUAGCCGGAGUCAGGAUGGUCAUGUGCAAGGCGAUUGUGGGCGAUGUGCCGUCGUCGUCGUCAUCGUCGCCAGCGGGCAGCAUUUGAUGAGCUCAGAAGCUCGGGCGGGAAGUUUGUGUUGGAGCGUAUUGGUAUUUCUGAACUGUUGGGGCGCAACUGCAUCGUUGGCCACAUGCACCAUCCGUAGUUAGUCUAGCUAUUAGAAUAUCUAUCUAUCUAUCAAUCAAUCAAUCAAUCAAUCAGUCUAAACUCUAUAAUAACGAUCUUUUCAAUAGCGAUCGCGAUCCGAGCCGCAGCUUCAGCUUCAGAGUUAAGAACAAGUUGUAGUCUUAAGUUUAGCAGUCCUUUGUGUGAUCUUCAGUUUGUAAGUUUUGUAAAUUGUUUUUUGGGCGAGCGUUUUUGUAAGCGCUGCCUAAGGGGUUCAGGCAUAACGGGUCUUAGGUUAGACGCUUCAGUUUCAGGUACUGCGUCUACUGCUCUAUAUAAAUUUAUUGUAUAAGCUGGUGUGCUCAGUAGUAGUUAGGCUGAGCAUUCGCUCAUUUUAUUUUAUUUUAUUUGACAUUAUUUGUUUAACCCGUGUUUGCGUUAUUUUAGCCACGUAUUUAUAUGUUCUUUGAUGGCAAUACCUAUAUAAUAUCUGCAUAAAUACAUACAAUCGUACAUUUUAACCACAACUGCUGCAGCAGUUCUUUCUCAAACUAUAAACAUACUAUUGUCGCUAGAGCUAAGCCACCAGCUGCUAUGACUUGCAAUCAAUCCUGUACAUAGCAUUUGCACUAUAAUUCUAUACUAAGCUUGCUGCAACUUUAAUAUAUACGAGAAACAAAUAAACACACUUAAACGAAAUUGACAAA